AUGCCUGGUCCAGGAGCUAGCCUAGUCCAGGAGCUUGCCUGGUCCAGGAGCUUGACUGGUCCAAGAGCUUGCCUGCUUUCCAUCACCCCGCCCCAUUCUCCCGCUUUCCAUCACCCUGCCCCUUUCUCCCUCUUUCCAUCACCCCGCCCCAUUCUCCCGCUUUCCAUCACCUCGCCCCAUUCUCCCGCUUUCCAUCACCCCACCCCAUUCUCCCGUUUUCCAUCACCCCGCCCCAUUCUCCCGCUUUCCAUCACCCCGCCCCAUUCUCCCUCUUUUCAUCACCCCGCCCCAUCCUCCCUCUUUCCAUCACCCCACCCCAUCCUCCCUCUUUCCAUCGCCCCGCCCCAUUCUUCCGCUUUUCAUCACCCCGUCCCAUUCUCCCUCUUUCCAUCACCCCGCCCCAUUCCCCCUCUUUCCAUCACCCCGCCCCUUUCUCCCGCUUUCCAUCACCCCGCCCCAUUCUCCCUCUUUCCAUCACCCCGCCCGAUUCUCCCUCUUUCCAUCACCUCGCCCUAUUCUCCCUCUUCCCAUCACCCCGCCCCAUUCUCCCGCUUUCCAUUACCCCGCCCCAUUCUCCCGCUUUCCAUCACCCCGCCCCAUUCUCCCUCUUUCCAUCACCCCUGCCCCAUUCUCACGCUUUCCAUCAUCCCGCCCCAUUCUCCCGCUUUACAUCACCCCGCCCCUUUCUUCCUCUUUCCAUCACCCCGCCCCAUUCUUCCGCUUUCCAUCUCCCCAACCCAUUCUAACGCUUUUCAUCACCCCGCCCCAUUCUCCCGAUUUCCAUCACCCCGCCCCAUUCUACCGCUUUCCAUCAACCCGCCCCAUUCAUCCGCUUUCCAUCUCCCCGCCCCAUUCUACCGCUUUUCAUCACCCCGCCCCAUUCUCCCUCUUUCCAUCUCCCCGCCCCAUUCUCCCUCUCUCCAUCACCCCGCCCCAUUUUCCCGCUUUCCAUCAUCCCGCCCCAUUCUCCCGCUUUCAAUCACCCCGCCCCAUUCUUCCGCUUUCCAUCACCCCGCCCCAUUCUCCCUCUUUCCAUCAGCCCGCCCGAUUCUCCCUCUUUCCAUCACCCCGCCCCAUUCUCCCGCUUUCCAUCACCCCGCCUCAUUCUCCCGCUAUUUCAUCACCCCGCCCCAUUCUCCCUCUUUCCAUAACCCCGCCCUAUUCUCCCUCUUUCCAUCACCCCGCAACAUUCUCCCUCUUUCCAUCACCCCACCCCAUUCUCCCGCUUUCCAUCACCCUGCCCCAUUCUCCCGCUUUCCAUCAACCCGCCCCAUUCUCCCGCUUUCCAUAACCCCGCCCUAUUCUCCCUCUUUCCAUCACCCCGCGACAUUCUCCCUCUUUCCAUCACCCCACCCCAUUCUCCCGCUUUCCAUCACCCCGCCCCAUUCUCCCGCUUUCCAUCACCCCACCCCAUUCUCCCGCUUUCCAUCACCCCGCCCCAUUCUCCCGCUUUCCAUCACCCCCCCUUAUUCUCCCUCUUUCCAUCACCCUGCCCCAUUCUCCCGCUUUCCAUCACCCAGCCCCAUUCUCCUUCUUUCCAUCACCCCACCCAAUUCUCCCGCUUUCCAUCAUCCCGCCCCAUUCUCCCUCUUUCCAUCACCCCGCCCCAUUCUCCCGCUUUCCACCACCCCGCUCCAUUCUCCCGCUUUCCAUCACCCUGCCCCAUUCUCCCGCUUUCCAUCACCCUGCCCCAUUCUCCCGCUUUCCAUCACCCCGCCCCAUUCUCCCGCUUUCCAUCACCGCGCCCCAUUCUCCUGCUUUCCAUCACCCUGCUCCAUUCUCCCGCUUUCCAUCACCACGCCCCAUUCUCCCGCUUUCCACCACCCUGCCCCAUUCUCCCGCUUUCCAUCACCCCGCUCCAUUCUCCCGCUUUCCAUCACCACGGCCCAUUCUCCCGUUUUCCAUCACCCGGCCCCAUUCUCCUACUUUCCAUCACCCCGCCCCAUUCUCCCGCUUUCCAUCACCCCGCCCCAUUCUCCCGCUUUCCAUCACCCCGUCCCAUUCUCCCUCUUUUCAUCACCCCGCCCCAUUCUCCCUCUUUCCAUCACCCCACCCCAUUCUCCCGCUUUCCAUCAGCCCGGCCCAUUCUCCCUAUUUCCAUCACCCUGCCCCAUUCUCCCACUUUCCAUCACCCCGCCCCAUUCUCCCGCUUUCCAUCACCCCGCCCCAUUCUCACGCUUUCCAUCACCCCGCCCCAUUCUCCCUCUUUCCAUCACCCCGCCCCAUUCUCCCUCUUUCCAUCACCCCGCUCCGUUCUCCCUCUUUCCAUCACCCCGCCCCAUUCUCCCUAUUUCCAUCACCCCGCCCCAUUCUUCCGCUUUCCAUCAACCCGCCACAUUCUCCAGCUUUCCAUCACCCCGCCCCAUUCUCCCGCUUUCCUUCACCCCGCCCCAUUCUCCCGCUUUCCAUCACCCCGCCCCAUUCUCCCGCUUUCCAUCACCCCGCCCCAUUCUCCCGCUUUCCAUCACCCCGCCCCAUUCUUCCGCUUUCCAUCACCCUGCCCCAUUCUCCCGCUUUCCAUCACCUUGCCCCAUUCUCCCGCUUUCCAUCACCCCGCCAUAUUCUUCCUCUUUCCAUCACCCCGCCCCAUUCUCCCGCUUUCCAUCACCGCGCCCCAUUCUCUUGCUUUCCAUCAACCCGCCCCAUUCUCCCGCUUUCCAUCACCCCGCCCCAUUCUCCCUCUUUCCAUCACCCCACCCCAUUUUCGCUCCUUCCAUCACACCGUCCCAUUGUCCCGCUUUCCAUCACCCUGCCCCAUUCUCCCGCUUUCCAUCACCCCGCUCCAUUCUCCCGCUUUCCAUCACCCCGCCCAAUUCUCCCUCUUUCCAUCACCCCUCCCCAUUGUCCCUCUUUCCAUCACCCAGCCCCAUUCUCCCGCUUUCCAUCACCCCGCCCCAUUCUCCCUCUUUCCAUCACCCCGCCCCAUUCUCCCGCUUUCCAUCACCCCGCCCCAUUUGCCCUCUUCUCAUCACCCCGCCCCAUUCUCCUUCUUUUCAUCACCCCGCCCCAUUCUCCCUCUUUCCAUCACCCCGCCUCAUUCUCCCUAUUUCCAUCACCAAGCAACAUUCUCCCGCUUUCCAUCACCCCGCCCCAUUCUCCCUCUUUCCAUCACCCCGCCCCAUUCUCCCGCUUUCCAUCACCUUGCCCCAUUAUCCCUAUUUCCAUCACCUCGCCCCAUUCUUCCGCUUUCCAUCACCCCGCCCCAUUCUCCCGCUUUCCAUCACCCCGCCCCAUUCUUCCGCUUUCCAUCACCCCGCCCCAUUCUCCAGCUUUCCAUCACCCCGCCCGAUUCUCCGGCUUUCCAUCACCCCGCCCCAUUCUCCCGCUUUCCAUCACCCCGCCCCAUUCUACCUCUUUCCAUCACCCCGCCCCAUUCUCCCGCUUAUUAUCACCCCGUCCCAUUCUCCUGCUUUCCAUCACCCCGCCCCAUUCUCCCGCUUUCCAUCACCCCGCCCCAUUCUUCCGCUUUCCAUCACCCUGCCCCAUUCAGCCUCUUUCCAUCACCCCGCCCCAUUCUCCCUCUUUCCAUCACCCCGCCCCAUUCUUCCGCUUUUCAUCACCACGCCCCAUUCUCCCUCUUUCCAUCACCUCGCUCCAUUCCCCCUCUUUCCAUCAGCCCGCCCCAUUCUCCCGCUUUCCACCACCCUUCCCCAUUCUCCCGCCUUCCAACACCCUGCCCCAUUCUCCCGCUUUCCAUCACUCCGCCCCAUUCUCCCGCUUUCCAUCACCCCGCCCCAUUCUCCCGCUUUCCAUCAUCCCGCCCCAUUCUCCUGCUUUCCAUCACCCCGCCCCAGUAUCCCGCUUUCCAUCACCCCACCCCAUUCUCCCGCUUUCCAUCACCCUGCCCCAUUCUCCCGCUUUCCAUCACCCCGACCCAUUCUCCCUCUUUUCGUCACCCUGCCCCAUUCUCCCUCUUUCCAUCACCCCGCCCUAUUCUCCCUCUUUCCAUCACCCCGCCCCAUUCUCCCGCUUUCCAUCACCCCGCCCCAUUCUCCCGCUUUCCAUCACCCCGCCCCAUUCUCCCGCUUUCCAUCACCCCGCCCCAUUCUCCCGCUUUCCAUCACCCCGCCCCAUUCUCCCGCUUUCCAUCACCCCGCCCCAUUCUUCCGCUUUCCAUCACCCCGCCCCAUUAACCCUCUUUCCAUCACCUCGCCGAAUCCUCCCUCGUUCCAUCACCGUGCCCCAUUCUUCCGCUUUUCAUCACCCCGCCCCAUUCUCCCUCUUUCGAUCACCCCUGCCCCAUUCUCCCGCUUUCCAUCACCCUGCCCCAUUCUCCAGCUUUCCAUCACCCUGCCCCAUUCUCCCGCUUUCCAUCACCCCACCAUAUUCUUCCUCUUUCCAUCACCCCGCCCCAUUCUCCCGCCUUCCAUCACCCGGCCCCAUUCUCCUGCUUUCCAUCACUCUGCCCCAUUCUCCCUCUUUCCAUCACACCGUCCCAUUGUCCCGCUUUCCAUCACCCCGCCCAAUUCUCCCUCUUUCCAUCACCCCUCCCCAUUGUCCCUCUUUCCAUCACCCCGCCCCAUUCUCCCGCUUUCCAUCAUCCCUCCCCAUUCUCCCUCUUUUCAUCACCCCGCCCCAUUCUCCUUCUUUUCAUCACCUCGCCCCAUUCUCCCUCUUUCCAUCACCCCGCCUCAUUCUCCCUAUUUCCAUCACCAAGCAACAUUCUCCCGCUUUCCAUCACCCCGCCCCAUUCUCCCUCUUUCCAUCACCCCGCCCCAUUCUCCCGCUUUCCAUCACCAUGCCCCAUUCUUCCGUUUUCCAUCACCCCGCCCCAUUCUCCAGCUUUCCAUCGCCCCGCCCGAUUCUUCCGCUUUCCAUCACCCCGCCCCAUUCUCCCGCUUUCCAUCACCCCGCCCCAUUCUCCCUCUUUCCAUCACCCCGCCCCAUUCUCCCGCUUAUUAUGACCCUGUCCCAUUCUCCUGCUUUCCAUCACCCCGCCCCAUUCUCCCGCUUUCCAUCACCCCGCCCCAUUCUUCCGCUUUCCAUCACCCCGCCCCAUUCAGCCUCUUUCCAUCACCCCGCCCCAUUCUCCCUCUUUCCAUCACCCCGCCCCAUUCUUCCGCUUUUCAUCACCACGCCCCAUUCUCCCUCUUUCCAUCACCUCGCUCCAUUCCCCCUCUUUCCAUCAGCCCGCCCCAUUCUCCCGCUUUCCACCACCCUUCCCCAUUCUCCCGCCUUCCAUCACCCUGCCCCAUUCUCCCGCUUUCCAUCACCCCGCCCCAUUCUCUUGCUUUCCAUCACCCCGCCCCGUUCUCCCGCUUUCCAUCACCCCGCCCCAUUCUCCCGCUUUCCAUCACCCCACCCCAUUCUCCCGCUUUCCAUCACCCCACCCCAUUCUCCCGCUUUCCAUCACCCUGCCCCAUUCUCCCGCUUUCCAUCACCCCGACCCAUUCUCCCUCUUUUCAUCACCCAGCCCCAUUCUCCCUCUUUCCAUCAUCCCGCCCUAUUCUCCCUCUUUACAUCACCCCGCCCCAUUCUCCCGCUUUCCAUCACCCCGCCCCAUUCUCCCGCUUUCCAUCACCCCGCCCCAUUCUCCCCCCGCCCCAUUCUCCCGCUUUCCACCACCCUGCCCCAUUCUCCCGCUUUCCACCACCCUGCCCCAUUCUCCCGCUUUGCAUCACCCUGCCCCAUUCUCCCGCUUUCCAUCACCCCGCCAUAUUCUUCCUCUUUCCAUCACCCCGCCCCAUUCUCCCGCUUUCCAUCACCCGGCCCCAUUCUCCUGCUUUCCAUCACCCCGCCCCAUUCUCCCGCUUUCCAUCACUCCGCCCCAUUCUCCCGCUUUCCAUCACCCCGCCCCAUUCUCCCGCUUUCCAUCACCCUGCCCCAUUCUCCUGCUUUCCAUCACCCCGCCCCAUUCUCCCUCUUUCCAUCACCCCGCCCCAUUCUCCCGCUUUCCCUCACCCCGCCCCAUUCUCCCGCUUUCCAUCACCCCGCCCCUUUCUCCCGCGUUCCAUCACCCCGCCCUAUUCUUCCUCUUUCCAUCACCCCGCCCCAUUCUUCCUCUUUCCAUCACCCCGCCCCAUUCUCCCGGUUUCCAUCACCCCGCCCCAUUCUCCCACUUUCCAUCACCCCGCCCCAUUCUCCCUCUUUCCAUCACCCCGCCCCAUUCUCCCUCUUUCCAUCACCCUGCCCCACUCUGCCGCCUUCCAUCACCCCGCCCAAUUCUCCCUCUUUCCAUCACCCCGCCCCAUUCUCCCUCUUUCCAUCACCCCGCCCCAUUCUCCCGCUUUCCAUCACCCCGCCCCAUUCUCCCUCUUUCCAUCACCCUGCCCCAUUCUCCCUCCCCAUUCUCCCUCUUUCCAUCACCCCGCCCCAUUCUCCCUCUUUCCAUCACCCCGCCCCAUUCUCCCGCUUUCCAUCACCCCGCCCCAUUCUACCGCUUUCCGUCACCCCACCCCAUUCUCCCUCUUUCCAUCACCCCGCCCCAUUCUCCCUCUUUCCAUCACCCCGCCCCAUUCUCCCGCUUUCCAUCACCCCACCCCAUUCUCCCUCUUUUCAUCACCCCGCCCCAUUCUCCCUCUUUCCAUCACCCCGCCCCAUUCUCCCGCUUUCCAUCACCCCGCGCGAUUUUCCCUCUUUCCAUCACCCCACCCCAUUCUCCCACUUUCCAUCACCCUGUCCCAUUCUCCCUCUAUCUAUCACCCCGCCCAAUUCUCCUGCUUUCCAUCACCCCCUCCCAUUCUCCUGCUUUCCAUCACCCCGCCCCAUUCUCUCUCUUUCCAUAACCCCGCCCAUUCUCCCGCUUUCCAUGACCCCGCCCCAUUCUCCCGCUUUCCAUCACCCCGCUCCAUCCUCCCGCUUUCCAUCACCCCGCCCAAUUCUCCCUCUUUCCAUCACCCCUCCCCAUUCUCCCUCUUUCUAUCAGCCCGCGCCAUUCUCCCGCUUUCCAUCACCCCGCCCCAUUCUCCUGCUAUCCAUCACCCCGCCCCAUUCUUCCACUUUCCAUCACCCUGCCCCAUUCUCUCGCUUUCCAUCACCCCGCUCCAUUCUCCCGCUUUCCAUCACCCCGCCCAAUUCUCCCGAUUUGCAUCACCCCGCCCCAUUCUCCCGCUUUCCAUCACCCCGCCCCAUUCUCCCUCUUUCCAUCAGCCCGCCCCAUUCUCCCGCUUUCCAUCACCCCGCCCCAUUCUCCCUCUUUCCAUCACCCCGCCCUAUUCUCCCUCUUUCCAUCACCCCGCCCAAUUCUCCCGCUUUCCAUCACCCCGCCCCAUUCUCCCUCUAUCCAUCACCCCGUCCCAUUCUACCACUUUCCAUCACCCCGCCCCAUUCUCCCGCUUUCCAUCACCCCGCUCCAUUCUCCCGCUGUCCAUCACCCCGCCCAAUUCUCCCACUUUCCAUCAACCCUCCCUAUUCUCCCACUUUCCAUCACCCGCCCCAUUCUCCCGCUUUCCAUCACCCCGCCCCAUUCUCCCGCUUUCCAUCACCCCGCCCCAUUCUCCCGCUUUCCACCACCCUGCCCCAUUCUCCCGCUUUCCAUCACCCCGCCCCUUUCUCCCGCUUUCCAUCGCCUCGCCCCAUUCUCCCUCUUUCCAUCACCCCGCCCCGUUCCCCCGCUUUCCAUCACCCCGCCCCAUUCUCCCGCUUUCCAUCAUCCCGCCCCAUUCUCCCGCUUUCCAUCACCCCGCCCCGUUCUUCCUCUUUCCAUCACCCCGCCCCAUUCUUCCUCUUUCCAUCACCCCGCCCCAUUCUCCCGAUUUCCAUCACCCCGCCCCAUUCUCCCACUUUCCAUCACCCCGCCCCAUUCUACCUCUUUCCAUCACUCCGCCCCAUUCUCCCUCUUUCCAUCACCCCGCCCCACUCUCCCGCCUUCCAUCACCCCGCCCAAUUCUCCCUCUUUCCAUCACCCCGCCCCAUUCUCCCUCUUUCCAUCACCCCGCCCCAUUCUCCUGCUAUCCAUCACCCCGCCCCAUUCUUCCACUUUCCAUCACCCUGCCCCAUUCUCUCGCUUUCCAUCACCCCGCUCCAUUCUCCCGCUUUCCAUCACCCCGCCCAAUUCUCCCGAUUUGCAUCACCCCGCCCCAUUCUCCCGCUUUCCAUCACCCCGCCCCAUUCUCCCUCUUUCCAUCAGCCCGCCCCAUUCUCCCGCUUUCCAUCACCCCGCCCCAUUCUCCCUCUUUCCAUCACCCCGCCCUAUUCUCCCUCUUUCCAUCACCCCGCCCAAUUCUCCCGCUUUCCAUCACCCCGCCCCAUUCUCCCUCUAUCCAUCACCCCGUCCCAUUCUACCACUUUCCAUCACCCCGCCCCAUUCUCCCGCUUUCCAUCGACCCGCUCCAUUCUCCCGCUGUCCAUCACCCCGCCCAAUUCUCCCACUUUCCAUCAACCCUCCCUAUUCUCCCACUUUCCAUCACCCGCCCCAUUCUCCCGCUUUCCAUCACCCCGCCCCAUUCUCCCGCUUUCCAUCACCCCGCCCCAUUCUCCCGCUUUCCACCACCCCGCCCCAUUCUCCCGCUUUCCAUCACCCCGCCCCUUUCUCCCGCUUUCCAUCGCCUCGCCCCAUUCUCCCUCUUUCCAUCACCCCGCCCCGUUCCCCCGCUUUCCAUCACCCCGCCCCAUUCUCCCGCUUUCCAUCAUCCCGCCCCAUUCUCCCGCUUUCCAUCACCCCGCCCCAUUCUUCCUCUUUCCAUCACCCCGCCCCAUUCUUCCUCUUUCCAUCACCCCGCCCCAUUCUCCCGAUUUCCAUCACCCCGCCCCAUUCUCCCACUUUCCAUCACCCCGCCCCAUUCUACCUCUUUCCAUCACUCCGCCCCAUUCUCCCUCUUUCCAUCACCCCGCCCCACUCUCCCGCCUUCCAUCACCCCGCCCAAUUCUCCCUCUUUCCAUCACCCCGCCCCAUUCUCCCUCUUUCCAUCACCCCGCCCCAUUCUCCCGCUUUCCAUCACCCCGCCCCAUUCUCCCUCUUUCCAUCACCCCGCCCCAUUCUCCCUCUUUCCAUCACCCCGCCCCAUUCUCCCGCUUUCCAUCAUCGCGCGCCAUUUUCCCUCUUUCCAUCACCCCGCCCCAUUCUCCCGCUUUCCAUCACCCCGCCCCAUUCUCUCGCUUUCCAUCAUCCCGCUCCAUUGUCUGCUUUCCAUCACCCCGCCCAAUUCUCCCUCUUUCCAUCACCCCUCCCCAUUCUCCCUUUUUCCAUCACUUCGCCCCAUGCUCCCGCUUUCCAUCACCCCGCCCCAUUCUCCCUCUUUCCAUCACCCCGCCCCAUUCUCCCUCUUUCCAUCACCCCGCCCCAUUCUUCCUCUUUCCAUCACCCCGCCCCAUUCUUCCUCUUUCCAUCACCCCGCCCCAUUCUCCCGGUUUCCAUCACCCCGCCCCAUUCUCCCACUUUCCAUCACCCCGCCUCAUUCUCCCUCUUUCCAUCACCCCGCCCCAUUCUCCCACUUUCCAUCACCCCGCCCCCUUCUCUCUCCUUCCAUCACCCCGCCCCAUUCUCCCUCCUUCCAUCACCCUGCCCCAUUCUCCCGCUUUCCAUCAGCCCGCCCCAUUCUCCCGCUUUCCAUCACCCCGCCCCAUUCUCCCGCUUUCCAUCUCCCCGCCCCAUUCUCCCGCUUUCCGUCACCCCGCCCCAUUCUCCCGCUUUCCAUCACCCCGCCCCAUUUUUCCGCUUCCCAUCAUCCCGCCCCAUUCCCCCGCUUUCCAUCACCCCUCCCCAUUCUCCCUCCUUCCAUCACCCCGCCCCAUUCUCUCGCAUUCCAUCACCCCGCCCCAUUCUCCCGCUUUCCAUCACCCCGCCCCAUUCUCCCGCUUUCCAUCACCCCGCCCCAUUCUCCCUCCUUCCAUCACCCCGCCCCAUUCUUCCGCUUUCCAUUACCCCGCCCCAAUCUCCCUCCUUCCAUCACCCGGCCCCAUUCUCCCUCAUUCCAUCACCCCGCCCCAUUCUCCCGCUUUCCAUCACCACGCCCCAUUCUCCCGCUUCCCAUAACCCCACCCCAUUCUCCCGCUUUCCAUCACCCCGCCACAUUUUCCCACUUUCCAUCACCCCGCCCCCUUCUCUCUCCUUCCAUCAUCCCGCCCCAUUCUCCCUCCUUCCAUCACCCCGCCCCAUUCUCCCACUUUCCAUCAGCCCGCCCCAUUCUCCCGCUUUCCAUCACCCCGCCCCUUUCUCCCGCUUUCCAUCUCCCCGCCCCAUUCUCCCGCUUUCCAUCACCCCGCCCCAUUCUCCCGCUUUCCAUCACCCCGCCCCUUUCUUCCGCUUCCCAUAACCCCGCCCCAUUCCCCCACUUUCCAUCACCCCUCCCCAUUCUCCCUCCUUCCAUCACCCCGCCCCAUUCUCCCCCUUUCCAUCACCCGCCCCAUUCUCCAGCUUACCAUCACCCCGCCCAAUUCUCUUGCUUUCCAUCACCUCGCCCCAUUCUCCAGCUUUCCAUCACCCCGCCCCAUUCUCUCGCUUUCCAUCAACCCGCCCCAUUCUCCCGCUUUCCAUCACCCCGCCCCGUUCUCCUGCUUUCGAUCACCCCGCCCCAUUCUCCCGCUUUCCAUAACCCCGCCCCAUUCUCCCGCUUUCCAUCACCCUGCCCCAUUCUCCCGCUUUCCAUCACCCCGCCCCAUUCUUCCGCUUUCCAUCACCCCGCCCCAUUCACCCCGCCCCAUUCUCCCUCUUUCCAUCAACCCGCCCCAUUCUCCCGCUUUUCUUCACCCCGCCCCAUUCUCCCUCUUUCCAUCACCCCACCCCAUUCUUCCGCUUUUCAUCACCCUGCCCCAUUCUCCCUCUUUCCUUCACCCCGCCCCAUUCCCCCUCUUUCCAUCAGCCCGCCCCAUUCUCCCGCUUUUCUUCACCCCGCCCCAUUCUGCCGCUUUUCAUCACCCCGCCCCAUUCUCCCGCUUUCCAUCACCCCGCCCCAUUCUCCCGCUUUCCAUCACCCCGCCCCAUUCUCCCACUUUCCAUCACCCCGCCCCGUUCUCCCGCUUUCCACCACUCCGCCCCAUUCUCCCGCUUUCCAUCACCCCGCCCUAUUCUCAAGCCCGCCCCAUUCUCCCGCUUUUCUUCACCCCGCCCCAUUCUGCCGCUUUUCAUCACCCCGCCCCAUUCUCCCGCUUUCCAUCACCCCGCCCCAUUCUCCCGCUUUCCAUCACCCCGCCCCAUUCUCCCACUUUCCAUCACCCCGCCCCGUUCUCCCGCUUUCCACCACUCCGCCCCAUUCUCCCGCUUUCCAUCACCCCGCCCUAUUCUCAAGGUUUCCAUCACCCGGCCCCAUUCUCCAGCUUUCCAUCACCCCGCCCCAUUCUCCCGCUUUCCAUCACCCCGCCCCAUUCUCCAGCUUUCCAUCACCCCGCCCCAUUCUCCCGCUUUCCAUCACCCCGCCCCAUUCUCCCGCUUUCCAUCACCCCGCCCCAUUCUCCCGCUUUCCAUCACCCCGCCCCUUUCUCCCUCUUUCCAUCACCCCGCCCCAUUCUCCCGCUUUCCAUCACCCCGCCCCAUUCUCCCGCUUUCCAUCACCCCACCCCAUUCUCCCGCAUUCCAUCACCCCGCCCCAUUCUCCCUCUUUUCAUCACCCCGCCCCAUUCUCCCUCUUUCCACCACCCCGCCCCAUUCUCCCGCUUUCCAUCACCCCGGCCCAUUCUCCCUAUUUCCAUCACCCCGCUCCAUUCUCCCACUUUCCAUCACCCCGCCCCAUUCCCUCGCUUUCCGUCACCCCGCCCCAUUCUCCCGCUUUCCAUCACCCCGCCCCAUUCUCCCUCUUUCCAUCACCCCGCCCCAGUCUCCCUCUUUCCAUCACCCCGCCCCAUUCUCCCCAUUUCCAUCACCCUGCCCCAUGCUCCCUCUUUCCAUCACUCGCCCCAUCCUCCCUAUUUCCAUCACCCCGCCCCAUUCUUCCGCUUUCCAUCACCCCGCCCCAUUCUCCAGCUUACCAUCACCCCGCCCCUUUCUCCCGCUUUCCAUCACCCCGCCCCAUUCUCCAGCUUUCCAUCACCCCGCCCCAUUCUCCCGCUUUCCAUCAACCCGCCCAAUUCUCCCGCUUUCCAUCACCCUGCCCCAUUCUCCCGCUUUCCAUCACCCCGCCCCAUUCUCCCGCUUUCCAUCACCCCGCCCCAUUCUCCCGCUUUCCAUCACCCCGCCCCAUUCUCCCUCUUUCCAUCAACCUGCCCCAUUCUCCCGCUUUUCUUCACCCCGCCCCAUUCUCCCUCUUUCCAUCACCCCACCCCAUUCUUCCGCUUUUCAUCACCCUGCCCCAUUCUCCCUCUUUCCAUCACCCCGCCCCAUUCCCCCUCUUUCCAUCAGCCCGCCCCAUUCUCCCGCUUUUCUUCACCCCGCCCCAUUCUUCCGCUUUUCAUCACCCCGCCCCAUUCUCCCGCUUUCCAUCACCCCGCCCCAUUCUCCCGCUUUCCAUCACCCCGCCCCAUUCUCCCGCUUUCCAUCACCCCGACCCAUUCUCCCUCUUUCCAUCACCCUUUUCCAUUCUCCCUCUUUCCAUCACCCCACCCUAUUCUCCCUCUUUCCAUCACCCCGCCCCACUCUCCCGCUUUCCAUCACCCGACCCCUUUCUCCCGCGUUCCAUCACCCCGCCCCAUUCUCCCGCUUUCCAUCACCCCGCCCCAUUCUCCCGCUUUCCAUCACCCCGCCCUAUUCUCCCGCUUUCCACCACCCUGCCCCAUUCUCCCGCUUUCCAUUACCCCGCCCCAUUCUCCCGCUUUCCAUCACCCCGCCCCAUUCUCCCGCUUUCCAUCACCCCGCCCCAUUCUCCCGCUUUCCAUCACCCCGUCCCAUUUUCAAGCUUUCCAUCACCACGCCCCAUUCUCCUGCUUUCCAUCACCCCGCCCCAUUCUCCCGCUUUCCAUCACCUCGCCCCAUUCUCCCGCUUUUCAUCACCCCGCCCCAUUCUCCCGCUUUCCAUCACCCCGGCCCAUUCUCCUGUUUUCCAUCAACCCGCCCCAUUCUCCUGCUUUCCAUCACCCCGCCCUAUUCUCCAGCUUUCCAUCACCCCGCCCCAUUCUCCCGCUUUCCAUCACCCCGUCCCAUUCUCCCUCUUUUCAUCACCCCGCCCCAUUCUCCCUCUUUCCACCACCCCGCCCCAUUCUCCCGCUAUCCAUCACCCCGGCCCAUUCUCCCUAUUUCCAUCACCCCGCUCCAUUCUCCCACUUUCCAUCACCCCGCCCCAUUCUCCCGCUUUCCGUCACCCCGCCCCAUUCUCCCGCUUUCCAUCACCCCGCCCCAUUCUCCCUCUUUCCAUCACCCCGCCCCAGUCUCCAUCUUUCCGUCACCCGGCCCCAUUCUCCCUAUUUCCAUCACCCUGCCCCAUGCUCCCUCUUUCCAUCACCCCGCCCCAUUCUUCCGCUUUCCAUCACCCCGCCCCAUUCUCCAGCUUACCAUCACCCCGCCCCAUUCUCCCGCUUUCCAUCACCCCGCCCCAUUCUCCCGCUUUCCAUCACCCCGCCCCGUUCUCCUGCUUUCGAUCACCCCGCCCCAUUCUCCCGCUUUCCAUAACCCCGCCCCAUUCUCCCGCUUUCCAUCACCCUGCCCCAUUCUCCCGCUUUCCAUCACCCCGCCCCAUUCUUCCGCUUUCCAUCACCCCGCCCCAUUCACCCCGCCCCAUUCUCCCUCUUUCCAUCAACCCGCCCCAUUCUCCCGCUUUUCUUCACCCCGCCCCAUUCUCCCUCUUUCCAUCACCCCACCCCAUUCUUCCGCUUUUCAUCACCCUGCCCCAUUCUCCCUCUUUCCUUCACCCCGCCCCAUUCCCCCUCUUUCCAUCAGCCCGCCCCAUUCUCCCGCUUUUCUUCACCCCGCCCCAUUCUGCCGCUUUUCAUCACCCCGCCCCAUUCUCCCGCUUUCCAUCACCCCGCCCCAUUCUCCCGCUUUCCAUCACCCCGCCCCAUUCUCCCACUUUCCAUCACCCCGCCCCGUUCUCCCGCUUUCCACCACUCCGCCCCAUUCUCCCGCUUUCCAUCACCCCGCCCUAUUCUCAAGGUUUCCAUCACCCGGCCCCAUUCUCCAGCUUUCCAUCACCCCGCCCCAUUCUCCCGCUUUCCAUCACCCCGCCCCAUUCUCCAGCUUUCCAUCACCCCGCCCCAUUCUCCCGCUUUCCAUCACCCCGCCCCAUUCUCCCGCUUUCCAUCACCCCGCCCCAUUCUCCCGCUUUCCAUCACCCCGCCCCUUUCUCCCUCUUUCCAUCACCCCGCCCCAUUCUCCCGCUUUCCAUCACCCCGCCCCAUUCUCCCGCUUUCCAUCACCCCACCCCAUUCUCCCGCAUUCCAUCACCCCGCCCCAUUCUCCCUCUUUUCAUCACCCCGCCCCAUUCUCCCUCUUUCCACCACCCCGCCCCAUUCUCCCCCUUUCCAUCACCCCGGCCCAUUCUCCCUAUUUCCAUCACCCCGCUCCAUUCUCCCACUUUCCAUCACCCCGCCCCAUUCCCUCCCUUUCCGUCACCCCGCCCCAUUCUCCCGCUUUCCAUCACCCCACCCCAUUCUCCCUCUUUCCAUCACCCCGCCCCAGUCUCCCUCUUUCCAUCACCCCGCCCCAUUCUCCCCAUUUCCAUCACCCUGCCCCAUGCUCCCUCUUUCCAUCACUCGCCCCAUCCUCCCUAUUUCCAUCACCCCGCCCCAUUCUUCCGCUUUCCAUCACCCCGCCCCAUUCUCCAGCUUACCAUCACCCCGCCCCUUUCUCCCGCUUUCCAUCACCCCGCCCCAUUCUCCAGCUUUCCAUCACCCCGCCCCAUUCUCCCGCUUUCCAUCAACCCGCCCAAUUCUCCCGCUUUCCAUCACCCUGCCCCAUUCUCCCGCUUUCCAUCACCCCGCCCCAUUCUCCCGCUUUCCAUCACCCCGCCCCAUUCUCCCGCUUUCCAUCACCCCGCCCCAUUCUCCCUCUUUCCAUCAACCUGCCCCAUUCUCCCGCUUUUCUUCACCCCGCCCCAUUCUCCCUCUUUCCAUCACCCCACCCCAUUCUUCCGCUUUUCAUCACCCUGCCCCAUUCUCCCUCUUUCCAUCACCCCGCCCCAUUCCCCCUCUUUCCAUCAGCCCGCCCCAUUCUCCCGCUUUUCUUCACCCCGCCCCAUUCUUCCGCUUUUCAUCACCCCGCCCCAUUCUCCCGCUUUCCAUCACCCCGCCCCAUUCUCCCGCUUUCCAUCACCCCGCCCCAUUCUCCCUCUUUCCAUCACCCUUUUCCAUUCUCCCUCUUUCCAUCACCCCACCCUAUUCUCCCUCUUUCCAUCACCCCGCCCCACUCUCCCGCUUUCCAUCACCCGACCCCUUUCUCCCGCGUUCCAUCACCCCGCCCCAUUCUCCCGCUUUCCAUCACCCCGCCCCAUUCUCCCGCUUUCCAUCACCCCGCCCUAUUCUCCCGCUUUCCACCACCCUGCCCCAUUCUCCCGCUUUCCAUUACCCCGCCCCAUUCUCCCGCUUUCCAUCACCCCGCCCCAUUCUCCCGCUUUCCAUCACCCCGCCCCAUUCUCCCGCUUUCCAUCACCCCGUCCCAUUUUCAAGCUUUCCAUCACCACGCCCCAUUCUCCUGCUUUCCAUCACCCCGCCCCAUUCUCCCGCUUUCCGUCACCUCGCCCCAUUCUCCCGCUUUUCAUCACCCCGCCCCAUUCUCCCGCUUUCCAUCACCCCGGCCCAUCCUCCUGUUUUCCAUCAACCCGCCCUAUUCUCCUGCUUUCCAUCACCCCGCCCUAUUCUCCAGCUUUCCAUCACCCCGCCCCAUUCUCCCGCUUUCCAUCACCCCGUCCCAUUCUCCCUCUUUUCAUCACCCCGCCCCAUUCUCCCUCUUUCCACCACCCCGCCCCAUUCUCCCGCUAUCCAUCACCCCGGCCCAUUCUCCCUAUUUCCAUCACCCCGCUCCAUUCUCCCACUUUCCGUCACCCCGCCCCAUUCUCCCGCUUUCCAUCACCCCGCCCCAUUCUCCCUCUUUCCAUCACCCCGCCCCAGUCUCCAUCUUUCCGUCACCCGGCCCCAUUCUCCCUAUUUCCAUCACCCUGCCCCAUGCUCCCUCUUUCCAUCACCCCGCCCCAUUCUUCCGCUUUCCAUCACCCCGCCCCAUUCUCCAGCUUACCAUCACCCCGCCCCAUUCUCCCGCUUUCCAUCACCCCGCCCCAUUCUCCAGCUUUCUAUCACCCCGCCCCAUUCUCCCGCUUUCCAUCAACCCGCCCAAUUCUGCCGCUUUCCAUCGCCCCGCCCCAUUCUCCCGCUUUCCAUCACCCCGCCCCAUUCUCCCGCUUUCCAUCACCCCUCCCCAUUCUCCCGCUUUCCAUCACCCCACCCCAUUCUCCCGCUUUCCAUCACCCCGCCCCAUUCCCCCGCUUUCCAUCACCCCGCCCCAUUCACCCCGCCCCAUUCUCCAUCUUUCCAUCAACCCGCCCCAUUCUCCCGCUUUUCUUCACCCCGCCCCAUUCUCCUACUUUCCAUCACCCCACCCCAUUCUUCCGCUUUUCAUCACCCUGCCCCAUUCUCCCUCUUUCCUUCACCCCGCCCCAUUCCCCCUCUUUCCAUCAGCCCGCCCCAUUCUCCCGCUUUUCUUCACCCCGCCCCAUUCUUCCGCUUUUCAUCACCCCGCCCCAUUCUCCCGCUUUCCAUCACCCCGCCCCAUUCUACCGCUUUCCACCACCCCGCCCCAUUCUCCCGCUUUCCAUCACCCCGCCCCGUUCUCCCGCUUUCCAUCACUUCGCCCCAUUCUCCCGCUUUCCAUCACCGCGCCCUAAUCUCAAGCUUUCCAUCACCCGGCCCCAUUCUCCCGCUUUCCAUCACCCCGCCCCAUUCUCCCGCUUUCCAUCACCCCGCCCCAUUCUCCAGCUUUCCAUCACCCCGCCCCAUUCUCCCGCUUUCCAUCACCCCGCCCCAUUCUCCCGCUUUCCAUCACCCCGCCCCAUUCUCCCGCUUUCCAUCACCCCGCCCCUUUCUCCCUCUUUCCAUCACCCCGCCCCAUUCUCCAAUUUCCAUCACCCCGCCCCAUUCUCCCGCUUUCCAUCACCCCACCCCAUUCUCCCGUUUUCCAUCACCCCGCCCCAUUCCUUCGCUUUCCAUCACCCCGCCCCAUUCUCCCUCUUUUCAUCACCCCGCCCCAUUCUCCCUCUUUCCAUCACCCCACCCCAUCCUUCCUCUUUCCAUCGCCCCGCCCCAUUCUUUCGCUUUUCAUCACCCCGUCCCAUUCUCCCUCUUUCCAUCACCCCGCCCCGUUCCCCCUCUUUCCAUCAGCCUGCCCCAUUCUCCCGCUCUCCAUCACCCCGCCCUAUUCUCCCUAUUUCUAUCACCCCUGCCCCAUUCUCCCGCUUUCCAUCACCCCGCUUUCCAUCACCCCGCCCCAUUCUCCCGCUUUCCAUCACCCCGCCCCAUUCUCCCUCUUUCCAUCACCCCGCCCCAUUCUCCCUCGUUCCAUCACCCCGCCCUAUUCUCCCUCUUCCCAUCACCCCGGCCCAUUCUCCCGCUUUCCAUUACCCCACCCCAUUCUCCCGCUUUCCAUCACCCCGCCCUAUUCUCCCUCUUUCCAUCACCCCGCCCCAUUCUCACGCUUUCCAUCAUCCCGCCCCAUUCUCCCGCUUUCCAUCACCCCGCCCCUUUCUUCCUCCUUCCAUCACCCCGCCCCAUUCUCCCGCUUUCCAUCUCCGCGCCCCAUUCUCCCGCUUUCCAUCACCCCGCCCCAUUCUCCCGCUUUCCAUCACCCCGCCCCAUUCUUCCGCUUUCCAUCACCCCGCCCCAUUCUCCCUCUUUCCAUCUCCCCGCCCCAUUCUCCCUCUCUCCAUCACCCAGCCCCAUUCUCCCGCUUUCCAUCAUCCCGCCCCAUUCUCCCGCUUUCAAUCACCCCGCCCCAUUCUUCCGCUUUCCAUUACCCCGCCCCAUUCUCCCUCUUUCCAUCAGCCCGCCCCAUUCUCCCUCUUUCCAUCACCCCGCCCCAUUCUCCCGCGUUCCAUCACCCCGCCCCAUUCUCCCGCUAUUUCAUCACCCCGCCCCAUUCUCCCUCUUUCCAUAACCCUGCCCUAUUCUCCCUCUUUCCAUCACCCCGCAACAUUCUCCCUCUUUCCAUCACCCCACCCCAUUCUCCCGCUUUCCAUCACCCCGCCCCAUUCUCCCGCUUUCCAUCAACCCGCCUCAUUCUCCCGCUUUCCAUAA